ACUGACCGUAUUCUGACCUUUACUUGAUCACAAUCAGGAGAGAUCUGACAUGAGAAGCUGGACGCUUGUGCAGUUACACUAGAAGAUCUCUGACUGAUGAAACACUAAACUCUCAGAGACAGAAGACACCAGGAGAUACAUACUAACAGAUACAGCAGCUUUAUACAACUGAAGCAUAAUCAUUGAUUAAUAAACUUAAGAUUAUACUGACCUGCUUAAUUUUUAGGCUUAAUAUUUGUGUGCAGUUGAACUAAGUUAACCCUGGUUCUGCGAGGCUUCAGUGUGUGCAGCAGUGAUCUGAUCAGAUGAGUUCAGGAAAUGUUCACGCGCUCUCUGUUGUUUUCUGGAGUCACGUUCUGAGAGAUCCAUGUGUGAUCGAAGUCGUGCGACGCUUCUGUAUUCUGUGUCUGUUUAUCAGGAUUGACCCAGAGAGAGAAAAACAGACGGACAGAGAGACAGAAGCACGUCUGCGAGUUUAUGGACUGGAGGUGGCGAUGUCUCCAGGAGAGGACGGUCUGAUCGGCAUCCCCUUCCCCGAGCACAGUAACGAGCUGCUGUCCCGUCUCAAUGCCCAGCGGAGGACCGGGCUGCUCUGUGACCUCACGCUGACCUCACGAGGAGCACGCUACCCCACGCACCGCUCCGUGAUGGCCGCGGUCAGCCUGUACUUCAGCCGUCUGUUCGGAGCGGAGGAGGGCGAGGAGGGCGAGGGCCACGGCUGCAGCGUCUGUCAGCUGGACUGUGUGUCUCCUGACGCUCUGGCCGCGCUGCUGGAGUUCGCCUACACCGCCACGCUGACCAUCCGCAGCUCGGGCAUGAGAGACGUCCUGAAGGGAGCGCAGCUGCUGGGGAUCCAGUGUGUGGCAGACGCCUGCAGAGACAUCCUGGGAGAGACGGAGACGGGCGAGGACCCGGCGGAGGAGGCUGAGCGUCCACCGUCCCGACGCGAGCAGGACCGCUGCGCCGUGGCCCCCGUGAGGACGCUGUGGAGGAGCCCCUCGGCCCCAGACACACCUGAGAGCGGGCGACCCUCGGGGCUCCUGCCGAACGGAGGCUCACACUGGACACACAGACCCGAGGACACGCCCUCAGAGGAGGAGGAGUCUGGAGCACAGGGGCGGGCCACACCCCAGCUCGACCAAUCACAGGGCGACGGAUCAGGGGGCGGAGCAAUGGCCGCAAACGGCAGGAAGAGGAAGUCUCAGAUGCCUCAGCAGUGUCCCGUCUGUCAGAAGAUCAUCCACGGAGCAGGAAAGCUGCCGCGGCACAUGAGAACACACACCGGAGAGAAACCGUUCCAGUGCUCGGCCUGCGGCGUCCGCUUCACACGGAACGACAAGCUGAAGAUCCACAUGCGGAAGCACACGGGCGAGCGUCCGUACCCGUGUCCCAGCUGCCCCGCACGCUUCCUGCACUCCUACGACCUGAAGAACCAUCUCUCGCUGCACAGCGGGGACCGCCCCUUCGAGUGUCCGCUCUGUCACAAGGCCUUCGCCCGCGAGGACCAUCUGCAGCGCCACAGGAAGGGCCACAGCUGUCUGGAGCUCCGCCCCCGCCGCCCACGCCGCCCCCCCGGACCCCGCCCCCCCGGGGCCUUCCUCCAGAUCCUGGAGGGCCACGGCGUCCCCGUCCCUCUGCUGCCAGGGGCCCGCCUGCCCUUCCCGGAGCUGCUGUGGCGGAUGGGGACAGCCCCGGAGGAAGCGGAAGGAGGGAGCGCAUCGGUCACACACCGAGUCUGGGAGGAGGACGAGGAGGAGCCGGACGCUGCAGGGGAGGAGGACGAGUGACCACUGUGUGUGUGUGUGUGUGUGUGUGUGUGUCCAGGUGAAAAACAGAGCACUUCCCUAAUGAGCUCAAAGUGCUCUGUUUUCUACUUAACACAGUAAAAGUGAUUAUUUAGUUCUUCUUAAAGAGAUAGUUCACCCUUAAACUAAAUUCUGUCAUUAAUCACUCAUCCUCAUGUUGUUCAGAACCCAUAAGAGCUUUGUUCAUCUUCAGAACACAAAUGAAGAUUUCUGAUGAACUCCGAGAGCUCUCUGACCCUUCAUAGACCGCUAAGAUCCAAACAGGGUGACUAAUUAAUGAAUAAGUUUCAUUUAAAUUUUUGGGUGCACUGUCUCUUUAAGAAUAUUUUUUAGUGUAUUAAGUACAGAAUCAGUGUGCAGAAAUAGAGCUCACAAUGGAAGUGGUCAGUCGUGUGGUCACAUGGUGUUGUGGUUCUGGUGCUGGCGGAGCUCCUGGAGAACCACGCAGGGUUCUGUUCGCUCGAUCUGAUUUGUUUAUUGUUAAUUAUUGGCGGUUCACGCUAUGCAGCAUCUGAACAUGAACGAUUGAACAAACCUGAUUUAAAACACACGACUGAAUGAGAACGCAAACGAGAGAAUGUCUGGCACCUACAGGCGAGUAUCAGGAAGCUGAUUCUUUACUGUAGCUGAUCUGGAAUUAGAGAUUUUUUUAUUAUUUUCAAAUUAAAGAAUUUACUUUCAUACCAAAGAUGAUUGUUCAGUUUGGACUUGAGAUGUAUUUCCUCUGUGGUCUGACCAGGUCUCAGUCCUCGUUCUGUGCGUAGGAUGAGAAACAGAUCGGGCAGAUGUUUGGUUUUCCUUUACGUUUGGGAGGAUGCACUCAAGUUUUGAGAAGGGAUCUAGUUUUCUGUAAGAAAAAAAAGAAACGGCAGGAUGGAGAGUUCUUUUGUAUACUAUUCUAUUUAUUUAUUAAUGGGUUUGAUAUUUAUUGUGAGUUGAGACGCUUGGGUUAUAUCAUCUUCUGUUUGUUCUGGAGUGAGUCGUUGAGUCUGGUGUGUGGUCAUCCUCAGGUAGAUGACCACCGGUCAGUGUGUCUCAGGUAGAUGACCAGUGUGUCUCAGGUAGAUGACCACCGGUCAGUGUGUCUCAGGUAGAUGACCAGUGUGUCUCAGGUAGAUGACCACCGGUCAGUGUGUCUCAGGUAGAUGACCAGUGUGUCCCAGGUAGAUGACCACCGGUCAGUGUGUCCCAGGUAGAUGACCGCCGGUCAGUGUGUCUCAGGUAACAUCACACUCAGGUGCUUUAAACACAAGCUUUGCACAUGAACUUCUGAUGACCAGCACAGAAGGAGGACUCUCGCCUUCUUAGAACCAAAUACAUAUCUCAAAUAUUUUUGAAAAGAAAAAAUAUAUACUUGCAUUAUAUGAAAUAUGAAUCAUUAAUGAUAUUUGUAGCUUCCGCUUUAGCCGCCUUCAUUUGCUGCAGGAGCUUUGUUCGAUCUAUAAUCUCCAGGAUCGAUGGAUUAUGGGAUGCAUGCUGGGGUUUGGGUCUGGUGUAUGUCACUGUACUUCUGACAGUAGGGAAACUACUCAAAGAGGGUUAUUUGCACUAAAACAGAUCUUUGUGUUGUGAAAUGACUUGUUCAUUAUGAAUGUAAAUCCUCACUAUUUUCUUUACAUCUUAAAUAUUAAAUACUUUACAAAAGUUAUAUAUUUUGUUUGUUUUAUGUAAAAGGUCAAGCUGCCUUAGUUUGUUUUAUUUUUUUGCACCUGUUCUCAGGAAAUCUUGAGCCAUGCACUAAGUGCAUAUGCAAAUAUUAAUUUAUUGUAAAUAUUUGUGCUUGGAAAUAUGAACGCCCUGUUGUUAAGUUUCUUUACAUCUGUAGUUUUAUUGAUUGCUAUUAUUUAAUCUGAGUUGUUUUAUAUUAAAAGCACAGUUUUGAUUGUGUUUGGGGUGAAGGGACGAGGUUUAAUCAGGGUUUAUUUGUGUUCUUUCUCGGCAAUGGCAAAUACUUUUGCAUAUUGUACAAAUAAAGAGCAAAAUAAACAAAGAUCUAUGUAUGAAUUGACUGCUGGUCGUUUCAUUUCAUUCACUGUGUGCGCGAUUAAUAUUCACGACUAAUGCCACUGUGUGCAUGAUUAAUAAUCACGACUGACGGCACUGUGUGCGUGAUUAAUAUUCACGACUGAUGUCACUGUGUGCGCGAUUAAUAUUAACGACUGACGCCACUGUGUGCGCGAUUAAUAUUCACGACUGAUGCCACUGUGUGCGUGAUUAAUAAUCACGACUGACGGCACUGUGUGCGCGAUUAAUAUUAACGACUGACGCCACUGUGUGCGCGAUUAAUAUUCACGACUGACGGCACUGUGUGCGUGAUUAAUAUUCACGACUGACGCCACUGUGUGCGUGAUUAAUAUUCACGACUGACGCCACUGUGUGCGUGAUUAAUAUUCACG